GUGGACUUGACGGGAGGUUACUACGACGCCGGAGACAACGUGAAGUUUGGGUUCCCAAUGGCAUUUACGACAACUUUAUUAGCUUGGAGUAUCAUAGAUUUCGGGAGGAACAUGGGGCUGGAUUUGAAGAACGCUGUUAAAGCCGUUAAGUGGUCGACGGAUUAUCUUUUGAAAGCAACGGCAAAGCCUGGAAUGGUGUACGUACAAGUGGGAGAUGCGCACUCUGAUCAUAGCUGCUGGGAAAGGCCAGAGGAUAUGGACACGCUUCGUACAGUUUACAAAAUCGAUACUUCGCAUCCUGGCUCUGACGUGGCAGGUGAAACCGCCGCCGCAUUGGCCGCUGCUUCCAUUGUGUUUAGGUCCCGUGACCCUGCUUACUCGAGGAUGCUCCUCAAUCGAGCCGUUACGGUGUUCAACUUUGCUGACAAGCACCGGGGUGCCUAUAGCAGCAACUUGCAGUCUGCAGUGUGCCCUUUUUACUGCGACGUGAAUGGCUACCAGGACGAGUUGCUUUGGGGAGCAGCUUGGUUGCACAAGGCGUCAAGGAAGCGCGUUUACAGAGAGUACAUAGUGAAAAACGAGGUCGUCUUGAGAGCUGGAGAUACCAUCAAUGAGUUUGGUUGGGAUAACAAGCAUGCUGGGAUUAACGUCCUCGUUUCCAAGGAGGUGCUGACGGGAAAAGCUGAUUAUUUCGAAUCUUUCAAGCAAAAUGCUGAUGGUUUCAUUUGUUCUUUAUUGCCUGGAAUUUCUCAUCCUCAAGUCCAAUACUCUCCUGGUGGGUUGAUAUUCAAAGCUGGAGGGAGUAACAUGCAGCACGUAACAUCAUUGUCUUUCCUACUUCUAGCCUAUUCUAAUUAUCUAAGCCACGCUAACAAGGUGGUGCCAUGUGGCGAGCGAUCAGCCUCCCCUGCCCUUCUCAAGCAGUUGGCUAAACGCCAGGUGGACUACAUUCUGGGAGACAAUCCUCUAGGGAUAUCCUACAUGGUUGGCUAUGGAGGACGCUUUCCUCAGAGGAUUCAUCAUAGGGCCAGCUCACUGCCAUCGGUAAAGGCCCAUCCGGCCGGAAUCGGAUGCAAAGAGGGGUCUCGCUAUUACAGCAGCCCAAACCCUAACCCCAAUAUAUUGGUGGGAGCAGUGGUCGGGGGGCCUAAUGUGUCGGAUGCAUUUCCAGAUUCAAGGCCUCAUUUUCAAGAGUCUGAACCCACAACGUAUAUCAACGCGCCUCUUGUGGGCCUCCUCGCAUUCUUUUCGGCCCACCCUUGAUUUCCACAAAUUUAAACAAGGAUGAUCAUAAUUUCAAGUGGUGUGCGAAAUGGCCACCCUGCAUUUGAACACUAGCGAUCUCGUAAAUUUCAUUCAAGAUUCGAAUAGCAUAAAAUUGUUUACUUUUAUUUUCUUGAGCAUUGGAUAUAUAUA